UUAUGUGUGUGGGCUGUACCUGAACCAAUUUUAUUUUAAAAACGUAAUUGUAAUGCAUUUAUGUUAUUGUCAAGCAGAUCGAUGUGCUGUGUCAUCCUGUUGAUUUCUCUAGCAUUCCUCAGAAUGAAAACCGUAAGCUGCCGAGCAAGCAUUCGGAAACGAAACUGUUUUUGAGGCGGGGCUUGAAGGAUGCUUUAUAAUGCCUCAUUUUUGUGAGACUUGUUACUGCACCAGACUCAAGAAAGAAAACCAGUAAACAGCGCAAGAUUUUAACACCUCGCAACGCGAUGGAUAUAAUAGUAAAAGAAAUCAACGGAAACACAAAACGUCUGCGUGUGGACUGCAAUGCUACAGUUGGUCAUCUGAAGCUGCUCAUUUCGCAGCACUUCAAUGUGAACUCUUUUCUGCAGAAGCUGUCUGCAAAUAAUGGUCAACGAAUCAACCUAGAAGAUGAUUACAGAAGCCUCAGCAGUUACGGAUUGCACUCAGAGUCCGUGGUAGCGUUCAUCAUCACGACCCCUGGACCCAUGCAGGUGUUUGUCAAGAAUGAGAAGGGCAUAACGAGCACCUACGAUGUUAAUCCCAACGAGACAGUGGAUCAGCUCCAGCGUGAGAUCUACAAUAAAGAAAGAGUCCCGGUGGACCAGCAGAGGCUCAUUUUUAACGGCAGGCAACUGGAGUCCGGCAGGAUGUUGCAAGACUACGACAUAACAAAUCAAAACACCAUUCACAUGACUCUCCGUCUCCGAGGAGGUUAAUGGAGAAUCUUGACCUGGACUGACUGAAGCUACAAGAGUUAAACCGGCAAAAUACCCAAAUAGUCUACUGAACCUGAUCUGCUUUUUUCUGAAAUUACAAAAACUGAGAAGACUAAAAAAAUACAAAAAACAAUGCUGUAAGUCACUUUGAAAAGAAUGUACAUAAUUUAAAUUAUUAUUAAAUCUGUUGUCUUAAUAUAAA